CUCACCGUCGCUGCUAAACAUGGUGCUCGAUACUUAUGCUUCCUCGAACCCUAAUCAGGUUCACGAGGAUGUUCUUCAGAAAUCUAGAGAUGCUUGCUACAAGGCAAGAGAUGCUUUUUACUCUUGUCUGGAGAAGGAGUCUGGUAAGAAACCCACGGAGAUCGCGUCUGUAGGUCUUCUGUACCCUAAAGAGUGUAGCCUUUCCAGAACCGAGUUCGUCAAAAACUGUCGCUCCUCAUGGGUGAAACAUUUCGAUAGGGAGUACUGUCGGAACAAGAGAGUGCAAAGGCUGUUAGAUGAUGGAGAUGAGAGGAAAGGUCCAAUGUCACUCCCUCAGCCUUACACUUUCAAGCCUUCUCCUUCUUCUUAGUUCCCUUUCUUUCCUGGUGUGUAGGCCUUUUCGGUUGAAGAAGAUGACUCACUGAGUACUUCCUUGGUAUCAGUUAUUGUGUCUGAAACAUUGAGUUUAACUUGUUUUUAUAUUCCUUAAAGUCUUGUCUUUACUUGAGUUGUAAGCCUACUACUUGGAAUAAAUGGGUGCUUUUGAAAUGAAACUAAUUCAUUGCCUAUUGUCUGUUGCCCACAAUCUGCAAGCAAUUUACUACACAGUAUGCUGAUAUAGAACAUGUUUAUUUGGCUAA